UAACGGGUACUAGGGAGUGCGAGAGGCGAGUCCUCUCAUGUUUCUCUGUAGGAACAAUCUACAUCAAACCGUGACGCCCCGAGCCUGGGUAAACCAAAAGCCUGGACCCCGACACGAAGAUUUACAUUAGAACCUCAACCGUCCCUAUCCAGAAAAUCCGUUGUUUGUUCGGAGCAAUCCAAAUGUGAGUGCUCCUGUUUUCUGGCAGACUUGACGUCAGUCUCGGUGGGUACGCUGGUUUAUGCAGUUGCUAAGGGAAGCUGGUCGGACUUAGUAAACAAAAGGUCAGUGGGACACAUGUAUUGGUUAUGAAUCUUGGGUGGAGCGCCUUGCAGCUUGACGUCUGUGACCUCGGGGAGCCCGUCGCGUUCGGCCUCCUCUGCAGCGCGGGGUGGGUGGGCCGGAGGGGCAGGGGGCCUGUGGUGGACGGGUGAAAACCUCCGCCAUUGCGCCGCCGAGCCGGAAGAGUCGCCCUCCUCGCCCCAGACGAUGUCCCCUGCCCACCCCAGUCCCCUGCCCCUCUGCCAUGGUGACAUGAGCCCCGGUGACGUCUCGAAGCCCGAUAUCAAGCCCCCCCUUUGGUCCUUCUCCUUAAAGACAGACGAAGCAGCAGAAGAAGAGCCCGUCGCCGGCACAGCCGCUGUGGUCGCGUGAGCAGCAGCUGCCCCCGAGAGGCGCUCGCGAGGACUUGGCGUCGAGCGGAGGGGCGAUGAUGCUGGCGUGCGGCCGGCUGCGGCGGCUCUACCGUCAGCUCACGCUGCAGACCAGCCUCCUCCUGCUCUUCCUCUUCUGCAUGGUCAGCGUGCUGGUGUCGGCCUACUUCCUGUACGGCGCCAAGCGCGAGCUGGAGCCGGCGGCCGGCGGGCCGAUGGCGGACGCCCUGGAGCCGGGCACCGACUGGGACGACCUGCGCGCCGCCACGCCGUCGGCCUCGUCGCGGCUGCUGCCCGCCCGCACCGCCCGGCCGGCGGACACGUCGCGCACCGACCCCGUGGUGCUGGUGUUCGUGGAGAGCCUCUACUCGCAGCUGGGCCAGGAGAUCGUGGCCAUCCUGGAGUCGGCGCGCUUCCGCUACCAGACGGAGAUCGCGCCGGGCAAAGGGGACAUGCCCACGCUGACGGACAAAAACCGGGGCCGCUUCACGCUGGUGAUCUACGAGAACAUCCUCAAGUACGUCAACCUGGACGCCUGGAACCGCGAGCUGCUGGACAAAUACUGCGUGGAGUACGGCGUGGGAAUCAUCGGCUUCUUCAAGGCCAACGAGAACAGUCUGCAGAGUGCGCAGUUGAAAGGCUUCCCGCUGUUCCUGCACUCCAACCUGGGCCUGCGCGACUGCAGCAUCAACCCCAAGUCGCCCUUGCUCUUCAUCACGAGAGCGCGCGAGGUGGAGCGCGGCCCGCUGCCCGGCGACGACUGGACCGUCUUCCAGUCCAACCACUCCACCUACGAGCCCGUGCUGCUGGCGCGCAGUCGGACCGCGGAGCUUGGCAUUCCCCCGGGGCUGGGCGCUGGAGGUGGUGGAGGUGGUGGCGGCGGCGGCGGCGGCGGCGGCGGAGGCCUACUUCACGCGGCCGUGGUGCAGGAUCUGGGCCUCCACGACGGCAUCCAGCGGGUGCUCUUCGGCAACAACCUCAACUUCUGGCUGCACAAGCUGGUGCUGGUGGACGCCGUGUCCUUCCUGACGGGCAAGCGACUGUCGCUCGGCCUGGAGCGCUACGUGCUGGUGGACAUCGACGACAUCUUUGUGGGCAAGGAAGGCACCCGCAUGAAGGUGUCUGAUGUUAAGGCGCUACUGGAAACCCAAAAUGAGCUGCGCUCCCACGUCCCCAACUUCACCUUUAACCUCGGCUUCUCAGGGAAGUUUUUCCACGCUGGUACUGAUGAGGAGGAUCUGGGAGACGACCUGCUUCUCUCCUACAGCAAAGAGUUCUGGUGGUUUCCUCACAUGUGGAGCCACAUGCAGCCUCAUCUCUUCCACAACCAGUCCGUGCUCGCCGAGCAGAUGCUGCUCAACCGCCGCUUUGCUGAGGAGCAUGGCAUCCCCACCAACAUGGGCUACGCGGUGGCGCCGCACCACUCCGGGGUCUACCCCAUCCACAUGCAGCUGUACGAGGCCUGGAAGAGGGUGUGGGGCAUCAAGGUGACCAGCACGGAGGAGUACCCCCACCUGAAGCCUGCCCGCUUCCGACGGGGGUUCGCUCACAGUGGCAUCAGCGUUUUGCCCCGGCAGACUUGUGGUCUCUUCACUCACACGAUCUUCUAUAACGAGUAUCCCGGAGGGCCCAAAGAACUGGAUAAACUCAUCAACGGAGGAGAGCUCUUCCUCACUGUUCUCCUAAACCCUAUCAGCAUCUUCAUGACCCACCUGUCCAACUACGGGAAUGACCGGCUAGGCCUGUACACCUUCAAGAACCUGGUGAAGUUUCUGGAGACCUGGACCAACCUGAAGCUCCAGACGCUGCCGCCGGUGCCCCUUGCCCAGCGCUAUUUCCAGAUCUUUCCUGAGGAGAGAGACCCUAUCUGGCAGGACCCCUGUGAGGACAAAAGGCACAAAGACAUUUGGUCAAAGGAGAAGACAUGUGACCGCUUCCCCAAGCUGCUCAUUAUCGGCCCACAGAAAACAGGCACUACGGCACUCUAUCUCUUCCUGGGGAUGCACCCUGACCUGACCAGUAACUACCCCAGCAAGGAGACCUUUGAGGAGAUCCAGUUCUUCAACGGGCGCAACUACCACAAAGGCAUCGACUGGUACAUGGAGUACUUCCCUCUCCCCUCCAACACCAGCUCGGACUUCUACUUCGAGAAGAGCGCCAACUACUUUGACUCGGAGGUGGCGGCGCGCCGGGCCGCGGCCCUGCUGCCCAAAGCCAAAGUCAUCACCAUCCUCAUCAACCCUGCGGACCGCGCCUACUCCUGGUACCAGCACCAGCGGGCACACGAUGACCCAGUUGCGCAGAGGUACACCUUCCAUGACGUCAUCACAGCUGGACACGACACGCCGGCCAGGCUGCAGGUGCUGCAGAACCGGUGCCUGGUGCCGGGCCUCUACGCAACCCAUCUGCAGCGCUGGCUCAGCCACUACCACCCCAGCCAGAUCCUGGUGUUGGACGGGCAGAUGCUCCGGACCGAGCCUGCGUCUGUCAUGGACAAGAUCCAGAAGUUCCUUGGGCUCACAAACCUCCUCAACUAUCACAAGAUCCUCGCGUUCGAUCCGAAGAAAGGGUUCUGGUGUCAGCUGAUGGACGGGGGAAAGACCAAAUGCCUGGGCAAGAGUAAAGGCCGCAGAUACCCGGACAUGGAUGCAGAUUCUCGUAACUUCCUGCGGGACCAGUACCGGGAGCCCAACAUCGAGCUGUCCAAGCUGCUCUACAAGAUGGGCCAGCCGCUGCCCAGCUGGCUCCGCGAGGAACUGCUCCACAUCAGGUAGCAAGAGCCCCGGCUGGCCACACCGCUCAGUGUGACCGCCCGCCACCCUCCCCCCGAGGACUCUCUGGCUUCGUGCGUAAAAGGGGCACGGCUACUGCUCACACUGCCCCCCAGAGGCAGGAAGACUGCAUCCGACCCCUCCCUUAACCCCCCCAUCUCCUUUGCUCGAAAAACCCCGCAGCCAGCGCCUCGUCGGCAGCCCAAGUCAGGUGGGCUGUUGAUGGGUGUCGGGGACGGGAGCUGGAUCGAGCCGCCUCAGUCCACCACCGAGGCCGUGAGGAGACAGUUUUGCGGCGACUGGCCUCAUGGUGGGCUGGGGUCGGGGAGGUUGCGCAUCACCAAGAGGACAAGAGAAAUGGACAUGGGGAGAGAGGAGGAGACCCUGCUUCGGAGCGCACGUGUACAGGAAGCUAUUUUUUAUGGCCGCUGGACAAGAAGGGUCUAGAGGGCCCACACAGAGGAAUGACGAAAACACUGGGGGGGGGGGACGAGAUACUUUCUUCCCCCCCCCCUUCGACGUGUCAAGAGUUCAUCUCCCAAUCUCUUUCCAUUUUGAGAGAGUUGUGCGCACAUAUACACUACUCCCCCCCCCACCCCCACCCACCUUCACGAUGAAAGAAAUCGUCAUUUGACUGAAAUUGUGCCAGUUUUUAAUGAACACGCUAGCCAAUUCUUCAAGACUUAAGUGCCAGGGUUGAACACUCAUGUCAGACCUUUAUUUUGUAACACCCCCCCCCCCCCCCCCCCCCUUCUCCCCCAUUCUUCCCAUCAACACUCAUUUAUCACUGCUGACCACAGGCUCAGGGUGGCAGCUUGGCCUCAUGUCGGAGGGGUGUGCGGCGCGAGAGAACUGGAGCGUGGUGUCGUCGAGUUAUUAGAUUGCUCACCACCACAUCUUCCGUACACAGGAAUUAAGCCCCCAGUCACAUAAUCUCUCUCCUCUCUCCAAGGGUACAGUGAGUGUACGGUAUAAUAUUCAACAGCCAGGGAAUGUAGACCAGCCAGAGUGCUCUGUUUGUAAGAGACAUAUCAGAGGAGCCCCUGCCGGCCCUCUUCCUCCAGUCUCCUCAUUCCUCCACUCUGUGGAUUGUCCCCUCAAUAAGAUCCAGUGGUUCUCCCAAUGGGUGGCUACAGAACACAAGCAAAAGACGACGAGGAGGACCUGGGUUGUGUCCACUCCCUGUAAGCAGAGCAGAGGAAAGAGGGCAGCCAUUUUGUUGAGUUGUCUGCCUGCGUCUGCUGCAGACUAAGACACACAUUUGUUUUGUUUUGUUUUUUUGGCUAAACUGUUUAGUGAGACUACAGGGGAUUUUUUUUUUUUUCAACAGGGAUGUUUUCUGGAGCAUGUCACCAUAGCUGACACCACACCUAACCUGAGUUCCCUCUAGAGGAUCAGAUCACUGGCAACGCCCCCCUUACACAUAUCUACACUAUCCACACGUAUCUACACACGUUCAUUCUGCAAAAACACCAAUAGGCAUACAGAAGUUAUGUACUCACACAGUACAACCCCCACACCCCCUACGCAACCUCCCCCCCAAAAAUGCAAGAGUUUGGAACGGGUUUAAACUUUGUCAGUAUAGUUCUCUCAAAUUCUCCUUUACUAUAACUUGCAACAUUGUAACAUUUGCACAAAGUUAUAUUGAUGCUGAGGCAUCAUUUUUGUUCAUUCUGUGUAACAUUGAUUAGUAUUUACAUUUUUUAAAGAUGGUGAACUGAUUAAAUGGUCAGCAAACACUAAGGUCUUUAGUGUUCACUAAGGUUUUUCCAAACCACAGAGCAGGCUGACACGUAAUGGCAUUUGGGGGUGAAAUGGCAAAAUUUGACUUUUAGUGUCUGUAUGUAAAUAAAAUUUUAUGGGAGUUUUUAAUGAAUGAUGCAUUGUGGUACUACAAAGAAAGAUAAGCUACACCCAUAUCAAAUGUGAAAAUCCCAAAUAUUAAUUCAAAGGUGUUGCGUUAUGGUCCAUAUCAUGUUUUGCUGCCUUAACUGAAUUAACCAAACUAGUUAUUUAAAUAAAAAAAAAAGACAACUGAAUCAUCAAUAUCACUUCAGUGGGAAGCCUUAAGAGGAGAUCUUUUUCAGUACAGUGUUGAAAUACGAAUGUGAAAAAUAAACUGGACUUCAAACUCUUGUUACUCAGCCUCCUGCUGUGUCCAGCUAUCUUUCAUUGGCACAGAGGCAGGUUCACAGGACCAGGUCUGACAUCGGACAGCCACCCGUCUGACAAGCAAUGUAUUAUAAUGUUUGUUAUUGCACCGACUCUGGUUUCAUUGUAUCUCUGGAACUUGGACCGCUGUAACCUUGUUACCACUUUGCAAUGACCGUUGGUUCAGCAAAUUUAAUUGUGCCGCAGUUUUCCAGGAAAGGCCCAUCCAUGAUGAGCACCACCCAAAGGUGAUCUAAUGGAAUGUCAGACUAUUGUUCUGUCAUUGUUGUGUAAUGCUCAACAAACUGCAAAUUAUAAGAUCCGGUGCAUUGCCUGAACUCCGACCCAAGGACUCAAACCAGUCGUUGCAAGUGAAGAAGGCUGCAGAGAGAAGAUUAACUAACAGAUCUUCAUAAUGUCAGUCUCACUAAAUGUAUGGAAAUGAAUAAACCAGAGCCCCGUUUUAGUUUUUUUUGUUUGACUUGACUUUUUUUUUUAACUGACUCUUCUGCUGUUUGAACUCUAGAAUUAAUGAGGAUGUCUUCUAGCGCAAUGCAAUACGAUCCUACCCUUUCCUGUGAAGCACAAGCACGUGGGAGCUGUGUUCAUGUGUUACACCCCACCACCAUCAGACCUAGUUUGCUGAAAAUGCACGGCAGCUUUUUGAGUCUCUCAGUCCACAGGAGAGCAGCCGGGCAGAGAAGAGAUUUUGUAUGCCCUUUGAACGUACACCCACGUGGUGAAGCUGGAGUCUUGGAGACCUGACAGCGAGAUUUGUUCCUUAUCUGUCUCCGUAGAAUGGCUUUUUUUUUUUUUUUUUUUUUUUUUUGCAUUUCAGCUGUGUCCCAUGUCAGUGGCAUGCAUUAUUCAUGAGCGCAGCUUGUGGUCCUACCAUGUUUCAAAGCAUCCAAUUAAAGAAGCCCUGUGCGUUCAGUGAAGACUUUGGAAAAAAAAAAAAAAAUGAGGGAAGGGUUUUAAUUGGAUUUCACCCUGUGUGAUGUUAAAGACUGUUAAUCCUCUCUGGAAGUGAUGGAAGCUGUGUGUAGGGGAAGCGUUGUGAUCGCAUGGUUUCUGCUGUUGCUUUCUCUUUUUUUGCUUUUUUCCUUAUCCAAGGUUGGAAUGUAAGCUGACAAUAUUUUCUCAUUUCUCCUGUUGCCGUGAAAACAGAUUCAAAACUGGCAGUUUGAAGUCCGCUAUUAAUUGGUUAUAUUUACAAAGUUAACUGUACAAGUCUUUAUUACACAUAUUCUUGUUUCACCUAUUGAAGAUGUUUUGAAGUUUUUUUUUCUUCGUUCACCAUGGAGAUGUGAUUAGCUGCAUAUCUUUUGUGAUUCGGCAAUGUCUUUGUUGGAAGGAUUUCAUCUUGGUUCCGCAUUUCAGGUUCAGCAUUUCUUUUGAAAUUUGUAUUAUCGGUUGUCUUUGAAGAGAGGAAACUGGCUAAUCCUAUUUAAGGUACUGAGUUAUGCACCUUACAUGGAACACUGUUUGGACUCCAAGUUGAACAUGCACUCGCCUACAAACCAGUGGUCAAGCUGCUCCCAUUUCAUUUUUUUCUCCCCACGUUUCCCAAAUAUGGCCAUGCUGACAAUGCAAUAGUAAACUGGUCACCUGCACCAAGCACAAAAUCCUUUGGUUGAGAGCAGGGGGAGAACGGGGGUUGAAUGGUUAUUUGUAUGCUCCAGCCGAAGGAAUCAUGUCGACAGAAUGCUAGUUGAUUAUCUUUUGGCCCCAGUCUAUUAUUGAAAGAUCCCAAUGAAUCUCACACUGCCAACAUUGUGCUUUCUGUAUGAUAAUGUAGGUUAUUAAUUAACAGUGAUCAUAAUGAAAUAACUGUAAGGAAAUAAUAAUAAUAAUAAUAAUAAUCACCUGGACUGUACAAUCAAACAUAUUGUUGUUAAUAUUUUUUAUUGUUGGUAGCUAAUAUUUUUGUGAUUAAUUUACAAAUAAAGAAACCACUGUCUUUUUA